AUGUACAUUAAUGAAUUGAAGUUUGAUGAGGCUUUAAUAACUGUGUCCAAUCAUCUCCCUGAACCUAUAACCCUGCAAUAUGUAUCAGAUUAUUGCUAUCAGUGUCUCCCAGAGUCGUUCUUGAUGGUACCCAUGGGUACCAGCAACCAAGGUGGGAAUGCAAGUGCAGUUAUCAGCACCAGAUUCAUUAUAAAGUUUCAAGUAUUGAGGGGGGCAGAGAGCUUGGACUUUGUGUGUGGCUGGGAGCGUCUUUAUGAAGAACACGGACAUUACAUGGUUACUGUCACAAGCUCAGAGUCCGUUCUGUGUCAGGAGAGAGUCAUUGGAUCGAUCACCAACUGCUACCUACCUCUUCUGGUUGCUUUUGUUACUCUUCUGGGAAUAAGUGGACUAUAUCUCCUAUCAAAAGUAACGUUAAGGCUUCACUGCACUCAGAGAUUCCUGAAAGACUGUUGCAAGAAAAUGUCCUGCUUAUGUAAAAAUUCAGAACUGACACAAAAUAACUGUGGCGAAGAGUCGAAUAUUCCCAAACGUAAACGUCUGCUUUCCUUGGACACAUUUAGAGGCUUCGCCCUGACUUUAAUGGUAUUUGUCAACUAUGGAGGGGGUGGAUAUUGGUUCUUCGAACACGCUCCUUGGAACGGUUUAACUGUUGCAGAUUUGGUAAUGCCUUGGUUUGUCUUCAUAAUUGGGACAUCAGUAGCGCUGGCUUUUAGCUCUAUGCUAAAGAGAGGUGUCAAUCGGUGUCAGCUACUACGCAAGUUGAUUUGGAGGACCCUCGUGCUUAUCCUUAUUGGAAUUUUUCUUUUUGGCUAUGAUCCAGCUUAUGGCCCGUUCUCUUGGAGCUCUGUACGGAUACCAGGGGUCCUUCAGCGACUGGGUUUCACCUACUUCUUUGUGGCGGUAAUGCAUACCUUCUUCUGCCAUCAGAACACAGAGCUGGCGGAGGGCCACGUAUGGAGCUCCGCAGUAAGGGAUCUUGUCACAUAUUGGCCAGAAUGGAUCAUUAUUAUUUCACUGGAGACAAUGUGGCUGUGUCUGACUUUUCUCCUACCUGUCCCAGGGUGCCCAACAGGAUACCUCGGUGCAGGUGGUAUCGGGGAUUAUGGACGUUAUCCAAACUGCACGGGAGGAGCUGCCGGAUACAUUGACCAGUGGUUCCUUGGAGGAAACCAUAUGUAUCAUUAUCCAACAUGUAAGGAGUUGUAUAAAACAACACAGCCUUUUGAUCCCGAGGGAAUCUUGGGUACAAUCAACUCGGUGGUUAUGGCUUUCUUUGGAUUGCAGGCUGGGAAAAUUAUCUUGAUCUACCGCAAGACACCGCUUAGCAUUUUAAAGAGAUUUUUAGUCUGGUCAGUCAUACUGGGGGUUAUCUCUGCCAUUUUAACCAAGUGCACAAGGGACGAAGGAUUUAUUCCAAUCAAUAAAAACCUUUGGUCCCUCUCUUAUGUCACAACACUCAGCUGUUUCUCAUUUCUUCUGCUUGGAUUGAUGUUUUAUGUAAUUGAUGUGAAGGGCUGGUGGAGAGGGCAGCCAUUUAUCUAUCCAGGACUGAACUCCAUAUUUGUAUAUAUUGGACACUCCCUUCUAGCCUCUUAUUUCCCUUUCAAAUGGCAAAUGAAGGACAUGAACACACAUUAUGAAGUUGUUGCACAAGAUGUACUCGGCACAGCUAUCUGGGUUUUAGUGUCCUACCUUCUAUACAGGAAGAAAUUCUUCUUAAAGAUCUGA